GUGCUAUAGGAGGAAACAAAACCAAAAGGUUGCUGAAGCGUUAUAAACAAACCCAUCGCGCGCUCAGCAGCAGCAGCAUCUUUAUAUUAGUUUUGAUUUCCACUGAAACUCCAGACCGGCUUUUUACAGAAGUAAUGGCACCCUAACGAGCAUUUGAGCGACCUGUCAGGCAGAGAGACUAACGCGAACUGACCUUUCCCACUUUUGCCGCUUUCUCUGGUCACUCGGUCACCUGUCGGGGAUGUCGGAGGGCGCGCGCACUCUGCCCGCGUUCCAGCGCUUCACCUACGCGGUGGGGCACGUGCUGAACGACCUGUGCGCCUCCAUGUGGUUCACCUACCUGCUGCUCUACUACCAGUCGGUGCUCAGUUUCCGGGACUCCAACGCCGGGCUGCUGCUGCUGGUCGGUCAGAUCGCAGACGGAAUCGCCACGCCGCUGGUCGGCUACGAGUCGGACCGGACACGAGGAUGCGGCUCGUACGGAAAACGCAAGUCGUGGCAUUUAGUCGGAACCAUCUGCGUGCUGCUGUCUUUCCCGUUCAUCUUCAACCCGUGUGUGGGCUGCAGCGAGGUGAUGCCGCAGUGGGUGGGCCUCACCUACUUCACCCCUUUCAUCAUCAUCUUCCAGUUCGGCUGGGCGUCCACUCAGAUCUCCCACCUGUCGCUCAUCCCGGAGCUGGUGACGUGUGAACACGCCAAGGUGGAGCUCACUUCAUACAGGUACGCGUUCACGGUGCUCUCCAAUAUCACUGUAUACGCAGUGGCCUGGCUGCUGUUCCACUUCCAGCACUCUGUCGAUCCGUCCAUCGCUGACCAGCUGAGUCACCUCGACGUCCCCAUAUUCAGGGACCUGGCGCUGAUCGUGCUGGGCAUCGGUGCUGUUUUCUCGCUCAUCUUCCACCUGGGUACACGAGAACAAACGCAGCUCGAGGCUGAGGAGCGCCAACCCCUGAUGUCUCACUCCAGCCUGAACUCAGUGCCGCUGCUGCAGUGGAAACACUGGCUCGUCGAACCCUCCUUCUAUCAGGUGGCUGCUCUGUACAUGUGCACUCGCCUGAUCGUCAACCUGUCUCAGACCUACAUCUCCAUGUACCUGAUAAACUCCUUAUUCCUGCCUAAGAACUACAUUGCUACCAUUCCUCUGGUGCUGUACGUUAGCGGCUUUGUGUCCUCUCUGGCCAUGAAGCCGAUCAGUAAACGCCUCGGCGUUAGCGUGACGUAUUUUGUGGGACUCGUGCCCAUCAUGGUGUUUGGCAUUUGGGUGCUGCUGGAUAUGAACAUGGGUGUUCGUGUGUACGGAGCGGCUGUGCUGCUAGGAGCCGGGUCUGCCGUCAUUCUGGUGAUGUCGCUAUCCAUGACUGCCAAUCUCAUCGGACAUCAGACGCAAAGUGGUGCGUUUGUGUACGGAGCCAUGAGCUUCACAGACAAGGUGGCCAACGGCAUCGCUGUGAUGAUCAUCCAGAGCCUGUACCCCUGUCAAACGCUGGUUUGCUGCUCUGACUGCGUUUGGUUCUACCAUCAUAUCAUGGUAGCUGUAACGGGGGGCGUCGGCCUCAUCGCCACACUCUGCCUCUUUAGUCUGUUCAUCUGGCCAAUCAAGAUUCGUCGAUAUUGAGAAUGUUUUACCAGCGGGCGGCCAUCUUGGUGAACAGGUUUGUGGCUAAACUCAGGAGAACAUAACCAUCAGUGUGAUUGGGGAAAGUGACCAAGCACAAAGCAGUGAGUGUGUCCUCACAUCACAUGCCUACACAAUGAAUCUGAGAACUUUGAGGAAGCAGAGCUGUCUGAGUUCAUCGGAAACAUGUCUGCAAAGUGUCCCAUGACCACUACAUCUUCAGAUCUUCUUCUUAGUUGUUCCUUUUUUCUGCGGUCUUCAGAUUUUUUAUAGCAACACUGACCUUUCUGACAAUGGAAAUACAGCUCCUGGAAGUCUUGGAGAUUUGAAAAAUAAGAAGGAUUCUACUUAAAAAUAUGUCUAUAUUUGUAAUAUAAUUUUUAAUAUUAAAUGUGUUAAAAUGUCUUAGUUUGGUUUUAUGAAACACUUGUAAAGUAGCAGUAACAGAUUUUUAAUAUCAGUAUUUGCAGGAAGUGAUUAAAUGGUAAAUAGUUUUAGGAGAGAGCAGCACCAGACCAGUUGUAUAAAAUGCUAUGAAAAUGGAAAUAGUCCUUUUUAAUUUAUACUACAGCGAUGUUGCAUUCUUGAAUCUGAUUGGUCAGAAGGUGUUGAUUAAUAUUCUGUAACAGCAGCUCUGAGAGUAAUGCAGCUGUAAAUCAAAUCACAGUUUUAUAUUAAAGUUUUGAAUACAUUAUCAUUUAUAUAUAGUGACAGCUCAUUCACAGGGACUUGUACGGCGAUUGAUACACAGGAAUAAUUUGUGAUCAUUGACUUGAUGAGGUUUCAUGUAAAGAAACAUUUAUUUGACAUGGAAGGAGACUCCAGUGUCAGCGCUCAUUAACAGUCAGAAGUAAAGCUGUAACGUUAAGUUUUCCAACAUCUUCAGGAUAGAUGACAUUGCAGUUUGAAGUUUCUCAGUAACAUGACAAGCUGCAUUUUUUUUGUUUUAUUUUCUUUAAGAGAAAGUGAUGGAAUGACUGUUUGUAGCUGCUGCAACAUAAGUGAUAAUGGGAACUGACUUGUUUUGUGGACAUUACACAACAUUAAAUGUAACUGUAAUCGGAUAAACAGUAUGAAUGGCGUUCUUUAAUAAAUAAAAAUAGGAAA